AUUAUAUUUAUUAGAAUGUCGAUAAAUGUCAUACUCGAGUGUCCGUCUAAAAGUAAGAGAUAUAAUAUUGAGAUAACAAAUGAUGUCACACCCUAUUAAUUAGAAUAGGAAUUUAAAGAGCAAUUUUUCAACAAAGAUGACCAACUCAGAUUUUAUUUUCAAAAUCAACUUUUGAUUCAUAACAAACCAUUAGUAGAAUAAAAAAUCGUUAAAGGUUCUGUAAUAAUCAUAGGAGUUGCCUAUAAAAUAAACUUGAACGUCCCAAUCCAGAAUAAAUUUUAUUAAGUAGAUAUCGAUGAGCUUUGGACAACAGCAGAUUUGACUAAAAAGCUUUUAGAGCUGUUAUAAUUCAGAUCAGAGGAAGUCUCAUACUAACUAGGAUUAUAGGUUUUAAAACCAUAAAUUCCAUUGUUCCAAUAGGAUGUAAUAAACAAAUGCACUGUAACAGUCAACAUCCAAUAAAGGGGAGGUAGAUAACCUUGAUUAGUAUUGCAAAAUAUAUAAUAAC